AUGUCGCAAAGGCCGCGAAAGCUUCAGCGCGUCUCUAUGGCCUGCGACUUUUGCAACCGACGCAGCAUCAAAUGCAGCCAGAGCGAGGAUGCCCUAGGUCGCUGUCGAAACUGUGUGGACUUCGAUGUGCCGUGCACCUUUGAUCGCCCCGCAAAACGCCGGGGCGUCAAGGCUGGCUCUCGGGCGAGUGGGCGCGAUCCUCAGUAUGUGAGAGCAUCAGUUACUCAUACUAUUCCUACAACAGCAGAGACUGUUAGCGGCGGAAGAACCACCCGCUCCUCGAAUUCUCGCAGUCCGUAUCACACGUCGAUCUCAGGUGAUCCCGGGUCUGCCUUCAACCAUGGCUGGUCAGCAGCCGAAGGGGAUGACGAUGACGGGGUGCCGCACAAUCCUUGGAAAGCCUUUGCCAUUUCCUGUGACCGGCAGAUAAGGAAUCUAGUUCAGGUUUAUCUCGAGAUCGUCUAUCCAAUAUUUCCCUUGUUCCACAUGCCGUCAUUCAUAGAGCAGGUCAAUAACCAGAAACAUCUUUCUAACCCAGGGCUAUUUGCUUCCACGAUGGCUGUCUGCUCUUUAGUCGCCGGUCGCGCACGUGACGGUGCAUUGUACUCUAACCGGUGGGAUCGAGACGAGCUUAUAGAUCCACCCUCGGAGAUUUUUUUUAUAGCUGCUAGGGACUCGAUUCCUCGAGACCUUAUCGCAGCCAAAGGUAUUCAUUAUAUGCGGGCGUGUGCGAUACUUGCUAUCGCCAGCAUUCAAAACUCCCAGAUCAAAAACAUGCAAAAGUAUUCCGGCUUAUACCAUGCCUUGGCUUCGAUGGAUGGCCUUUAUGACGAAAAACUCUGGCCAAACGACUUGAGUCCAAUUGAGACGGAGGAGCGGCGCCGACUUUUCUGGUCCAUCUAUACGUUCGAUAUCUAUUCGACUAUUAUAUGGGGCGGCGUUAUUCGAUAUCGUGAAGCUCAUUCUUUAGUGCGCUAUCCAAGCGAAAUAGAUGACGAGUUCAUCACCGACCGCGGCUAUGGCGUGCCGUCUGUAUCUGUGGGAUCGAAUCCGCUUCCGACAGGCAACGUGACUGUCGUCUCCCGCCAACCUACGCCCUGGCUGCGUGGGUGGAACUUCACCACAGACCUUUACCGCAUUCUUGAGCAUGUCGUCGAUGCUAACAGACGCCGCUUCUCUUCGGUCAACGGGACGACAGAAGUUUGGUCACUAUUUAAUCCUUUAUCCAUGUCAGAGCCGGCGGUCAUGGAUAAAGUCCUUACUAUGUAUUCAGCUCUUCCACCAGAGUUUCGGGAAACGCUGCCCACUACAGGAGACGUGUCUAAGGAUUUGUUCGGGUUCCAGUCAGCCAACAUUCAGGCGACUCUACAACUACUUCGGAUGGUGCUAUUGUCUACCGAGGAAAUUGGCGUGGAGCGAAAAUGCGACGUAGCGGGCGAACUGCUCAGUGUUUUUUCAACUGUACCCAUCGAGUAUUUGAGAGCCAUCAGCUCCCCUUUGCUUCAUCACCUCGGCGGGAUUGGCUACAUUCUUGGCUCUGUCAUGGAAGGCAAUUUGUCUGAAAAAUCCUACACCCGAGCUCGCACAUUACUGCUUGAAAUGGCAGAUCUCCUACAGCGCCUCGAAACGGGCCUACAUCGUGCCUCCGGUGCUGGCGAACGAUUGCGGUCCCAGGUUGAUCGAAUAGACGGCUAUAUGCGUACCUCACUUCUCCUGGACUCAAACUCACAAAAUAACGCGACCCAAGCAAUCGACGCGCAUUCCAAGCUUGCGGCCCCGUCAGCGCAUGCACAGGGGACCACCGCUGUCGGAGCCGAGCCUGGUGCUGGUCUCGACCAGAUCUCCCUGUUUCAACUGCCACCGGAACUCCUCUCAGAUUGGCCUUGGCCGUUGGAUUCUCAAAAUGGCGAGGGAAUUCUGCCUCUGGCGUUCGAAUAA